UCAGUGCCAGUGCCGAGUGUACUGGCCGCCACCACUCGCCCUCCCCCCGAAAGCCGGCACGAGCCCUCCCUCCCUUCCCUUCCUCCAACCCGUUCCGAAUUCCGAUCCGCCCCGAGCCGGCCGGCCAUGGCGAUUAGGGCUGGCCGCUCGGUCCUCCACCUCCUCACCCUCGCCUUCCUCCUCAUCCUCGCCGCCUCGCCCUGCCUCCAAGCUCGAGUGGACCAUCGCAAACAUAUAUCUGACUGGAGUAGGCAACCCAACUUUGAAUUGCAGAAUAUCUCCUCGAGUCGGAAGGAUGGCCCUCAUCUCCUGAGCAGAUCAGAGGAAAUAACACACAGGAAAUUAAGAGGGAGAAUUGGUGUAAGGAAGAAAAUGGAAGUAAUGCAGCAGGAUGAUGAAGCAUUAGUUAAACUUGAGAACGCAGGUAUCGAACGCUCAAAAGCUGUUGAUUCUGCUGUGCUGGGAAAAUACAGUAUCUGGAGACGCGAAAAUGAAAAUGAGAAGGCAGAUUCAAGGGUUCGUCUGAUGCGAGAUCAAAUGAUCAUGGCCAGAAUAUAUUCUGUUCUUGCCAAAUCGAGGGACAAGCUUGAUCUCUAUCAGGAGCUGCUUGCAAGGCUCAAGGAAAGCCAGCGCUCCCUUGGGGAAGCUACUGCUGAUGCCGAACUUCCCAAGAGCGCUUCGGAUAGAAUAAAAGCAAUGGGACAAGUUUUAUCAAAAGCAAGGGAUCUAUUGUAUGAUUGCAAGGAAAUUACCGAGCGUUUGAGAGCAAUGCUUCAGUCAGCAGAUGAGCAGGUCCGGAGCUUGAAGAAGCAGAGCACCUUUCUUAGCCAGCUGGCAGCUAAGACAAUCCCAAAUGGCAUCCAUUGUCUUUCCAUGCGCUUAACAAUUGAUUAUUACCUUCUGUCUCCAGAGAAAAGAAAGUUCCCCAAUAGUGAGAAUUUGGAAAAUCCUGAUCUUUACCACUAUGCUCUUUUCUCGGACAAUGUUUUGGCAGCAUCAGUUGUGGUCAACUCAACCAUCAUGAAUGCAAAGGAGCCUGAAAAACAUGUAUUUCAUCUUGUUACCGACAAACUGAACUUUGGGGCCAUGAACAUGUGGUUUUUGCUGAAUCCACCUGGGGAUGCAACAAUCCAUGUGGAAAAUGUUGAUGACUUCAAAUGGUUAAACUCUUCUUACUGCCCUGUUCUGAGGCAGCUUGAGUCUGCAGCCAUGAGAGAAUACUAUUUCAAGGCCGGUCCGAAAACACUCUCUGCUGGCUCUUCUAAUCUGAAGUAUCGAAACCCAAAAUAUUUGUCCAUGCUCAACCAUCUAAGAUUUUACCUCCCCCAAGUUUAUCCCAAGCUGAAUAAAAUCCUUUUCCUGGAUGAUGACAUAGUUGUCCAGAGGGAUCUAACUGGACUCUGGGAGGUUGACCUUAAUGGAAAUGUAAAUGGAGCGGUGGAAACAUGUGGAGAGAGUUUUCAUCGAUUUGACAAGUACCUCAAUUUCUCAAACCCAAAUAUUUCUCAGAAUUUUGAUCCUAAUGCAUGUGGUUGGGCUUAUGGAAUGAACAUGUUUGAUCUGGAAGAAUGGAAGAAUAAAGACAUUACUGGGAUUUACCACAAAUGGCAGAACAUGAACGAGAACAGGCUGCUCUGGAAACUGGGGACAUUGCCUCCAGGGCUUCUAACUUUUUACAAGCUGACACACCCUCUGGACAAAUCAUGGCAUGUGCUUGGCUUAGGGUACAAUCCAACCAUUGAGCGCUCAGAGAUAGACAAUGCUGCGGUCAUCCACUACAAUGGUAACAUGAAGCCGUGGCUGGAAAUCGCAAUGACAAAGUAUCGGCCUUACUGGACAAAGUACAUCAAUUAUGAGCACCCGUACAUUCAUGGAUGCAAGAUCAGCCAAUAGAAACCAGCUAAAGUAUUCUUCUGUGAUGAACAUUGAAGUUAGACGGGACUCAAAAGGAAGUCCUCUGUUAGUAGUAACUAUCACAUGUUCUUUAUUCGUGCUAUAUUAGAUUUGUUAGCUAUCAUGUGUAUGUAGUUUCAUCACCCAUUUGUGGUGCUUUCUCCCCUAGCCCGUUGUUGGUUCUUGUCUCCUUUUGUCAUGAAAAGAACGAUGAGCUCUAUGAUUCUCGUCAGCUGAUAAAUGUAAUGAAUUUCUGUUGGUGACAAAUUAAUGAUGUCAUUCAAUUCAUGGCAGCAUUUAAUGGCCAGUUGAGAGUUACGCUAGAA